UACAGAAUUGUUGUAAAAGAUCCAAAAAGCCACAAACUUGAAACAAAAAUGUCGAAAAACAAGGCAGCAGGACACAAGGGUGCUUACGGUUACCAGAAGAAAAGAGAUGGGGAAGGGAGGACAUGUGUGCGCUUCAGAUGUGGCCUGACCAACACAAUCCUGGAUGUUCUUCGCCAGAGACCAGGCUGGGUCGAAGUCAAGGAGGAUGCAGAAUGGGACUUCAACUGGUGUGAUGUAGGGUGGCUCAGAGAGAACUUUGACCAUUCUUACAUGGAGGAGCAUGUUAGAAUUUGUCAUUUUCGAAACCACUAUGAGUUGACACGCAAGAACCUGAUGGUGAAGAAUUUAAAGCGCUAUAAAAAAAUGCUUGAACGUGAAGCUGGCCGUCUGGAGGCAGCUAAAUGUGACUUCUUUCCGUGCACCUUUGAGCUACCUAGUGAAUACCAUUUGUUUGUUGAGGAGUUUAAGAGAAGUCCAGGUAAUGUCUGGAUUAUGAAGCCAGCGGCCCGAUCACAGGGGAAGGGAAUCUUUCUUUUUCGAAAACUAAAGGAUAUUAUAGAAUGGAAAAAGGACAGAAUCCGCACUGAGGAACAAAAAGAUGAAGCUCAGGUUGAGAGCCACGUUGCCCAACGUUACAUUGAGAACCCAUAUCUCAUAAAUGGCAGGAAAUUUGAUCUAAGAGUCUACGUUCUUGUAACUUCAUAUCUCCCACUCAAAGCUUGGCUGUAUAGAGAUGGAUUUGCCAGAUUCUCCAACACCAGGUUCUCCCUUAGCAGUAUUGGUGAUCAGUAUGUCCAUCUAACUAACGUGGCAGUACAGAAAACGGCUCCAGACUAUGAUCCUGAGAAGGGUUGCAAAUGGCAGAUGCAACAGUUGCGACGAUACUUGACUGCAAAACAUGGCAGAGAGGUAGUGGAGGCUCUUUUUAAAGACAUUGACAACAUCUUUAUCCGCAGCAUACAGAGUGUGCAGAAGGUCAUCAUUAAUGACAAACAUUGUUUUGAGUUGUAUGGAUAUGACAUUCUCCUGGACCAGGAUCUUAAGCCGUGGCUGUUAGAGGUGAAUGCUUCCCCUUCUCUUACUGCCAGCAGUCAAGAGGAUUAUGAGCUAAAGUAUAGACUGCUAGAAGACACUUUGCAUAUUGUGGACAUGGAAGGCUGUCUCACUGGUAGGGAAAAGCAGGUUGGUGGAUUUGACCUCAUGUGGAAUGAUGGCCCAGUCUACAGAGAAGAUGUUGGCUUGGAGGCUCUGGGGAGCACCUACCAAAUAGCUAAUACACAUCUUGGCUGUGUAAAUGAUCGGAAGAAACAGCUGCAACAGCUCUUGAAGCCACUUCCUGGACAGAAAAGAAUAUGAAUGAAAAAUACUGCACAGUAGUGUGGUUAUAUCACAAGUCAUUAAUGAUGCAAAUAUUAACUACAUACUCUAAAUAUCAGAGGAAAAUU